AGGUUGUCAGAUCCAGGCCACCGGUUAGUGGUGUCAGAGGAGACCUAUAGAGAGGUUGUCAGGGCCAGGCUGCUUUCCUUUAAUAAGGGUCCAGCUGUGGCUGAGGAUGCAUGUGCGAGGUCCUGAGAGUCCUUCAACGAAACCUAGAAGAGGACGCUUCCUGAUCCGCACAGAGUGGCCCCUGCCUGUAAGACUGCACUUAACUACUGGACGUAAUAAUGGCGUCAUAUCGUGUGUCACAUUCACAGGCGUCAACCAGGAGCCGGCAGAUGAAGACUGGGACGUUACAUACGAAAAUGUCAUCGACCCGAAAGAAAGGGAGAAUCAGAACCAGUCACAGAGGACGAGUCCCAGAGGGUUGCGGACUCUUCCUCCAUGUGGUACUAGCACUCUCAUCCUCCUCUCCUGCGCUCUCCUGGCUGCCGUCAUCGGGCUCUCUGUACAGUUAUCUCAGGUGUCCAGACGUCUCCUCAGCACAGCAGCCACAUUACAAGAACUACAGGGAGAUCAUGAAGACCUCGGCUCCAGAUUCACCGAGAAUAACCAGAGAACAGACUCCAUGCUCCAAACGCUUCAGGAGAACCGGAGAGAACUGGAAAAGACCAAGGCUGAGUUGCAUGAGGUGCAGGAGAAGUGGAAGACCUCCACACAGGAGUUACAGAGAAUGAGAAGGGAGAAGGAAGACACAGAGACCACAAAGAACUCCUUGCAAAAUCUUCUCCGGAUAACCAAAAAUGAGCUGAGAGGGAAACAGGAGGAGCUCACACAAUGUGAGGACAACCUCAGAUCAGUCCGUACAGAGAAGACGACAUUACAGAGGACGCUGGCUCAGACAAAAACCUCUCUCGAAGAAACCAAGAGGAAACUCUACUCAACAACGAUGACAUUUAACGACAAGACUACAGAACUUAACAAUGUAAGAAAAUCCCUUCAAGAGACACAGAGGAACCUGGACAACAACAGAAGAUAUUCAGAGCAGCAGAAGAAGAGGCAGGAAGACCUGGAGCAGAGACUGAGCGAGGCUGGAAGAUGCUUAACCAGUAGAGCCUGUUCAGACAUCGUGAACAUUGAUGAAAAUACAUCUGACUCCUUUAACUACUGCCCCUUGUGGUGGCAUCAGAUUGAUGAGAUGUGUUACUACUUCUCCAGUCAGAAGAAAGCGAGAAUUGAUGCUGAAGUAGACUGCACAAGCCAAUCAGCCUCACUGGCCAGAGUGGAAGACGAGCUCAUCGAGCUGCAAAAUCUGAUUGAGAACAGUGGAGAAAGUUACUGGAUCGGUCUACAUAGAAAGGAUGAGUCCUGGAAGUGGUCGGACGGAUCCAUCAAAAAAGAUUUCCAGGAGAGAAACAGCCAUUUGUGCGUGAAAGCAAGUCCCCGGCUGGACCUGGCGCCGUGCAGAACUAAGCUGCCCUGGAUCUGUGAAAUGAGGGCCAAGAGAUGCAGCUCCAAGGCUGAGGCGGUGCGCUGUCUGUGGGAGAAGAUUGGGGCAUUCGGACAGGAUCGCCAGGAGCUAUAAUUCUCUGAUAAUAUACAUAAUAAGUAUGUGCCCCCAUCCUGAUGUCUCCUAUCACUCCUAUGCUGCCAGGGGCCUAACUAAAGGCUCCUGAUGGAAAACUUCAACUUGGGCCAUCUGCACCACCCCAACUGCAGCCCUUCCAUACCUCGGGGUCUCUUAAGUGACACCUCGAGGCAGCAGAGAGCUUCAUGACUAGAGUCCUAAAUGGUGAAGGGGAAUCAUCCUCAAGACAUAGGUUUUGACCUCUUUUUCCUCCCAAAGGGCAUAACUAUGAGACAACUUUUCGAACAUAAGACCAAUU